CCUGUGCAAUACAUGCUUCUCAUCAUUUCUUGGGCAAUGAUGGCCUCACCUUCCUACAGCCAAUUAAAUCUGGGCAGGACUCCCCUGAGGAUGUGGCCUUAUAAAGCACCUGGCUACAGGCUAGAGAGCACUCUGCUCUGCCUCACCAUGAAGUCUGGUGGCCUCGUCUUCUUCCUCGUGGGGCUCUUCGCUCUAUGUGCCAUGAUGCCCUCUGCCUCAGCCCAAGGGAAGCCUGGGAAUUGCCCUAUCCGUGCUGCAGUAGUGAAGCCACCUUGCAUUAAGUGGUGUGAUACAGAUUAUGAUUGUCCUUCCAUCCAGAAAUGCUGCUCAAAAUUUUGCUCCAUGGUCUGCGAAAACCCAAUAAACUGACGACAGUGAUGCACAGCCUGAAAUCCCUGCAACUUCUACAGUUUUGGAGAGGUGAACUCAGAACCCAAGGAGUGAAGGCAACGAUAAAUCCAGCUCCCUCUUGACCCAAUGGGCCCGAUCCAGCUUCCUUCCCUGUCUGCAAUAAAAUGAUCCCUGUGCCUGCAUACCA